CUGUCAACGGCGUCGCUGUAACGUGAAUGAAAAUGCAACUGUGUAUUUGAAAGACAAAAAGCAUCUUUUAAAUUAGCUUUUAGACUUAUAAACUUUUUUUUUUUAAAGAGCAGGAAUCCCUUAUUUUUCAGUGACCAUGCGGCUCUACGCGCUCCUGGGACUUUUGUUUGUGACGGUGUUCGACUCAUCAGAAUGCCUAAAGACGACCGUCCGACCGGACAAAGGCUCGACAGUGACGGUGUCCACCCCGCUGCCGGUGCAGGAAUGUGGUGUGUGUACCAUCACAGGGUUGAACGACACACAAACAUCCUGCCAGCCCUCUCUGACUCUGCUACCUGAGGAGGAGGUCGAACUGCUGUUGAACUGCUCCCAGCCCAUUGAACAGGCGUACACUGUGGUGAUCGCUCGCACCAUCGAGUGCACUAAGGAUGCCUGCAGCCCUGCGACGGUAGAAACCCAACCCUCCAUCCUCACAGAGCUCAGCAGAACCUUCACCUGGGAGCUGAAGGCACCUGAGAAGACAGCAGUGGGUCUGGACAUCCUCGGAGAGGGGCUGAUGGAGACGUCACAGCCUUGCCCUAAUGGAUUUCAGUAUUCUGUCUCCACAUCCAAAACAAACGGGGGUCAGACUCUCUAUUGUCCCGGUGGCUCAAUGACCCGUUUCGACCUGCUCAACGAAGCCGUCGUGUCUCUCCAAGUUAAACCAAAUGCUCAGGUCCAGCCUGUGUUGUUCCAGGCCUCCGCUGGUCCACUAAAGGGCCGAAAGAUGGUUAUAACCGUUGAUUCAGGCACGACUGUGGUCCUCAGCCGGGAUCCGAAGGAACCAGAAUGUGAAGUGUGCUCUGUGGACGGCUCCACUCCUGACUGUAGCCCGACAGAAAAGACUCUGACGAAGGUCGAAAAACUCUCGCUGGAGUUCAGCUGCCUGAAACCUCAGGAUGUGUACAGUGUGAAGAUGAAGAAGAAAAUAGAAUGCACUCAGAAGAGCUCCUGCACUCCUGCCGCAGGAGAAGUUGUCCCUGACCUCUUCCAGGACUUUAAAAGGUCCGUAACAUGGGACAUUAGUGUACCAGAGAGGACGGUCUUAACUCUGGACUUCCCUGGUGGAUUAAAGGAGAUUUCUGGAGCAGAAAGCUGCCAGGAUGCCCCCCAGUACACAGUGAGCACAACUAAAAGUGACGGAAACACUAAAACUAAUAGUUACUGUAAGGGAGGGGCAGUUUCUCAUCUGGAUCUGCUCGGACCGACGACUGUGACCGUAGAAGCGCCCAAACGAAGUGAACUUGACUCAUUCGCUGUCAAAGCAGUACCAAGACGUGGCAGAAUGCUGUCUGUUACGCCGGAUCCCAACACCAUCAUCAAAAUCAGAAGCGUAACCAAAAACCCAGACUGCAGCGUGUGUUUGAACAAGGAGCCCAAACCCGUAUGCGAUCCAGUUUAUCUCGAACUGAAAGAUCCUAAAAACACCACAGUAGACUUCACCUGUCCUCAGCCUCAGGAGGACUUCACUGUGGAGAUCAACAGGGAAAUUGACUGCACAGAUACGUCCUGUUCUGGAAACAUAGUUCAGGCCGAGUCCUCACUGUUCCCAGAGUUCAACCGGACCUUCACCUGGGAUCUGAAAGUCGUCGCCACUCGGGCCUUCCAGCUGGACUUCCCAGAACCGGGAAUGCGACAGAUCCCCAACGAGGAGACCUGUCCGGACGAGCACACGUACUCUAUCAUAACCUACCUGCGCGCGGGCCCGACAACCAUCGGUACCUUCUGCAAAGGAGGAACUGUGACCUCCAUCCUGGCUCGCUACAAGGGCCGCAUGUCUCUGCAGGUGCCCGGGGACAGAAAGAUGGAGCCUGUUGACAUCAAACUCAGAGUUGGACCUGAGACCAGCAUGGUUGCCAUCGUGAAGGUCGACCUCCCACGAGGUGUGUCGGACACAGACUUCAUCACAGCCAACUUCCCCCGGGAUUUCCCUGACGACAAGCAGAUGCAAUGGGACUUCACGGUGCCCGGCAUGCACAAUUACACGAUGCAGUUUAGUGAAUACAAAGCUCCAGAGUGCCUGACCAAGGAGGUGAUGGUGGAGUACCUGAAACAGGACAAGAAGGCGACAAAACUGACCCCGACGGACGCUCAGCCGCAGCAUCAGCAGGGCGACUUCAGUAUGGUGCUGAAGAACUGUGAGACCAACACGACGCUGCAGGGACUCUCCCUCAAAUACAGAGUCUCUGUGAUGAGGAGCGGACAUCCAGUUCUGUGCACGGUGGACUUAACCAAACAUCCAGAAGUGUCGCUGCAGAUAGAAAAAGUGGGAUCUGAUCCGUACUGUGAGAUGAGAAUUGACUCGAAGGUCGAGAAGAAGAUAAACGUGGCUGCAGGCUCGAAGGCCAGCCUCUCCUUCCUCGACUGUCCACACGAAGACGUGCGCCUGACUGCCAGUAAAGUUAUUCCAGUAACAGGGUGCCAAAACAUGACUUCCUGCCCUGGGACUCCCCUCAGUGUCCCCAAACUGGACUCCUGUCUCCCGAUGCCCCUCCACAGCUUCACCUGGCACCUCAACAUCCCUCAGGACGGCACAGUGGAUCUGGUGUCGCCCACAGGGAGUCUCCGACAGUCCCUGCCCGGCCAGGAGUGUAAUCAGUCCCUCUCCCUGCAUGUGGCGGAGAGCGACGGGUUUCCUGUUGGAGAUUUCUGCUUUAAGGGAACAAUCCAGAAAAUUCAGGUGCACGCAAACGUCUCCGUCACAGCCACAACCCCGGACUUCAGCAAGACCAGGGGGCCUUUUCUCCAUGUCAACUACAGUCAGGAAAUCUCAGAGACCAUUAUUUACACAGUCACUCCAAAGACGUCGUCUCCGACCCUGCUGGCCAGCCCCAACUGGCCUGAGGGCAUGAGGCCUUCCUCCACCGUCUCCUGGAUUGUCACUCAGCCGAGCCAGUACCAGGCACACUUACAGUUUAUCAACAUCAGCCAGCCCAAAUGUGCCGACGGCCACGCCUAUAUCAGGGUGAAGAUGCAGGGGCACAAGGAAGAGAUGAUCAGCCGCAGGGAGGACGAGCGCCCACCGGCCAAUUUGACGGUGCCAAAUAGUUUUUCUCUCAACAUGACCAACUGUAUUACAGAGGAGGGACACCUUGGUGGAUUGACCCAAAUUGUUCUGCAGAAGAAGACCAAUCUCUUGGCCAUCCUCCUCGGGAUAGUAGGAGCUCUUCUGCUGUUGCUCAUAGUGCUGGCUAUUGUAUGCUUCAUCACAAAGAAAAAGAAAAGAGACAAAAUGAACAAGGAGUCCUCCAUCUACAUCGGCAAAGGGAACAUCUUCCGCCCAGGUGACAGGCACUUCAGCAAAGCUCGUUCUGACAACGAAUCCCACGUCUACGACUCCAUAGACGAGACGAUGGUGUACGGCCACCUGCUGGCGGACUCCAGCUACGCCGACAGCAUGCAGGACCACUACAACGGCAUGAACGUGGACUCCUACAACACAUUCACAGGCCCCACCAAUAAAGACCUGCCUGUAAUCAAAGAACCGGACCGCAAUCCAGGGACCACGACGUUUCUGGACCCGUCUGAGUCUUUCCUCCCGCCCCGUCCACGCACUCCUAUCGACCGGCAGGACAGCCUCGGCUUCCAGGACCGCAGGAUGAUGGACAACGAACUGUACACGUUCAAGAGCACGGGGGAUAUGAACACGAUCCGGCUCUCUGCUGCCGACUUGGAGCCGCAGCCGCCGAUUACAGAGGAGUCCUUGUAGUGUGUCAGGACCGAAACACGAUGUACAAUGGACCGAUGUUACUGAAUUCUCGUUAGAGCACCGAGUAUCUCCAGAUUGGACCGAUGUGAACUUCUGUGCCUCGAUCACACUCAGGGAGAUCGAUGAGCUUUUGAAUGUGAUGUGAAAGACGUCUUUGUCAGUCAUUUUUCUUAGCGCUUCGAGAGUCGGAGGCUGCUGUUAUCCACUUCUUUAAAGGGAUAGUUUGGAUAUAAGUGGCUUGUAUGAGAUAUUUAUUAAUAGAUAGUGUAUUAGCAACAGUAGAUGGUGUUCAGCACGCCCCCAGUUUGGAGAAGCAGGCAGGAAUACCAACACGGUUUCAUCAGUUUUUAAGUUAAGAAUAUUUUCACUGAUUUAUCUUGCCUUCAGACAGCCCUGUUGAAGUUAAACAACAGGAAUUGAAGCCAUUAUCUAUCUUCUCUUCAAGGCCACAAGACACCAUUGACAAAAACAGUGGUUUUACCUUGCAGAUAGCACUCACUGGAGUUAGCCUUCAGGGUUUUUUGCCAGAAGGUCUGAUGUUUGACCACAAGAAGUUUAGAGGCGUUUUUCACUCACACGUUUAAUGCAGCAAAUAUGUUCUCAUUUUAAUGCAUGCAGCUGUCUGCACCAGGUCCGUGCAGGCUCAUGACCUGGAGCAUUUAUUGACACUUCAAGUCAUUUUUUCUACAAUGCAUGGAUAAAAAGGCAGUGAAUUUUGUGUGAAUUGUCUGACUUCGGUGACCAAAGUAACACAACACAAACAGCCUAUUAGAGCGGUAGACCUGUAACUCCUUAGUUUUGUAAGUUAAAAUGACUGUUUUUGUGAAUGGAGUCUGGUGGCUUUGAAGAGAGCAUAGAUAAUGACUUAAGUUCCCCUCAUGUAAACUCACACAGUGCUGUGUGGUGCUAUAAAGAUGGGAAAAUUACUACAUAUUUUUUUCAACACUUAAUAUUUUUUGGUAUGAGAAUGUCAUACAACAGCACUUCAAAAAAUCCGAACUAUCUCUUUAAAGGAAGUUGGGCAUUUUGAGAGAUACCUUUCACUUUCUUUGCUGAGAGUUGCAUUAGAAGAUUUAUUCCAUUUUUAAUAUCCAGUUUGUGACAUGAGCGUGAUAUCAAUCCUCUAAUCUAACUCUCAACAAGAAAACAACAAGAAAUGUUAAACUGCUCCUAAAAUGUUUUUAGUUUUAUUAAAUCUCUGCAUGUGUGACAUGGAUUCGGAAGCAGGUACCUCUAGUGCUUGUUUUAAAAGUGUUUUUAGAAUGUUUACCUGUUUUUAGAGAAAUGUGUUUCUUCUUUACCUGUAAAUUGUAAAUUUACUUGUACAAUGUAGGUUUUUUUGUAAUAAAUGGUAGUAAAAA